AUGAUAAUUACCAGCGCUAUUGUACGUUGCUAUCGAUUAAUUGCCAAUAAAGCAUUUAACACCAAGUGCAAAUCCGUGAAACAAAAAAUUAAAGAAUAUAAAGGACCUGCUGGUGGUUGGGGAGCAUUAAAAGCCGUAACCCAAGCCGUUGGCGGACAAAAAAAUAUUGGUGGUGAUAUUAUUGCCAUGUUUAGCAUGAAUAAACCAACCGGGUUUGAUUGUCCGGGUUGUGCGUGGCCUGAUCCUAAACAUUCAGCCCCACUCGAAAUGUGCGAAAACGGCGCCAAAGCCGUAUCAUGGGAAGCCACAUCCAAACGCACUACACCUAAAUUUUUUGCUAGCCACACCGUUCGCGAACUGCUGUCUUGGGAUGAUUAUGAUCUAGAAAACCAAGGCCGAUUAACUAACCCAAUGAAGUACGAUAAACGAUCUGAUACCUACAAAGAGAUCUCAUGGUACAACGCUUUUUACGAAAUCGGUCAACUACUGGCUGGCUAUGAUGAUCCAAAUAGUGUCGAAUUUUAUACGUCGGGUCGUACUUCCAAUGAAGCGGCAUUUUUAUAUCAACUGUUCGCUCGCGAAUACGGCACCAAUAACUUUCCUGAUUGUUCCAAUAUGUGCCACGAACCAACCAGUGUUGGCUUAGCCGCUUCAAUUGGCAUUGGUAAAGGCACUGUGCAAUUAGAAGAUUUUGAUCAUGCUGAUUUAGUUAUGUGUAUUGGUCAUAAUCCCGGUACCAACCAUCCAAGAAUGUUAGCCACACUGCGCGAAGUAUCAAAACGCGGUGCAACUAUUGUAGCUGUCAAUCCAUUAAAAGAACGUGGACUAGAGCGCUUUACCUAUCCACAAGCGCCAGCUGAAAUGCUAACCUUAAGUUCUACCCCGCUCGCUUCACAUUACUAUCAAGUGCGUAUUGGUGGCGAUAUUGCCUUACUAAAAGGCUUAAUGAAUAUUGUAUUGCAACGACAUGAUGAAGCAAUCGCGGCAGAGCAAGAUCCGAUUUUAGAUAUCGAAUUUAUUACCGAACAUACGGCUGGAUUUGAUCAGUUGCACGCCGAUAUUUUAAAUAUCAAUUGGGAUGAGAUUAUUGAAAUGUCGGGCUUAACUCGCCAGCAAAUAGAGCAACUUGCCGAGUUAUAUAUUAAAUCUGAGCGUACCAUCAUCUGUUAUGGCAUGGGGAUCACUCAACAUCAACAUGGUACGCAAAACAUUGAGCAAAUUAUCAAUUUAUUGUUACUAAAAGGUAAUAUCGGCAAACUAGGGGCAGGAAUUUGUCCAUUACGUGGUCAUUCUAAUGUACAAGGCGAUCGCACUGUUGGCAUUAAUGAAAAACCAAACCAAGCAUUGCUUGAUAAUAUUGAAAAACGUUUUGGCUUUAAACCACCACGCGAGUUUGGCCAUGCCGCCGUUGAAACUAUGCAAGCACUUUAUGCUGGCAGUGCAAAAGCGUUAAUUUGUAUGGGUGGUAACUUAGCGGUUGCAAUGCCUGAUCAUGAUGCGACUUUUGCGGGAAUGAAAAAUCUUGAUUUAGCCGUACAUGCUGCAACUAAACUUAAUCGUUCACAUUUACUAACGGCUAAACAUACUUAUAUUUUACCAGUAUUAGGUCGUACUGAAAUUGAUAUCCAAAAAUCAGGUGAACAAUGUGUCACGGUUGAGGAUUCAAUGUCGAUGGUACAUGCAUCAAAAGGUAAAUUAAAACCCGCAUCAGAACAUUUAAAAUCCGAAUGUGCGAUUGUUGCCGGAUUAGCAAAAGCCACGUUACCCAAUACUAAAGUUGAAUGGGAUGAAUUUGUCGAUGAUUACGCUAAAAUUCGUGAUGCGAUUGAAGCGGUAUUUCCUGAUUUUGUCAAUUAUAACGAAAAUAUUAAACAACCCGGUGGUUUCCAUUUGGUCAACUCUGCGGCCGAAAGGCGUUGGAAUACCAAAUCAGGUAAAGCGAAUUUUACGGUGACGGAUUCAUUAAUUGAAAAUCCACGUGCCGCAAUUAAUCCAGAAUUAACCUUAACCACAGUACGUAGCCAUGAUCAAUACAAUACGACGAUUUAUGGUAUGAAUGAUCGCUACCGUGGCGUAUUUGGUCGCCGUGAUGUGGUAUUUAUCAGUAAAGAUGAAGCAGAAAAACAAGGUGUAAAAGCGGGUGAUAAAGUUAAUUUGAUCGCAUUAGAUAGCGAGCAUCAACCGACUUAUCGCCGCUUAGAUGAUUUAACCAUUGUGAUCCAUGAUAUUGCCGAUCGUAGUUUGGCGACUUACUUUCCUGAGUCAAACAAUUUACUGGCACUAGAUAACCACGAUCAUCAAUCCGGAAUUCCAGCUUAUAAAAAAUCUUAUAAUUAA